GGAAAACUAACGGUCUAGGCUGCUUCCUGUUAACGUCGGUCCACACCUGCCGGCCACCUGUCUCCUUGGUUACAACGAACGUGUAUCCACAUGCGUGUUUUAACUUACGUAUCCAGCUUUGUGAAUUGGGAUCCUGUAUCAUUGUUGCUCUUUUCUGCGACGUUUCUAAGGGGUGACAGCUAUAACUGCCCAAUGGAGAAAUAUGAAAAGCUGGCCAAAAUUGGCGAGGGUUCCUAUGGUGUGGUGUUCAAAUGCAGACACAGAGAUACUGGCCAGAUAGUAGCCAUUAAGAAGUUUGUGGAAUCUGAAGAUGACCCUGUCAUUAAGAAGAUUGCAUUGCGAGAAAUACGUAUGCUGAAGCAGCUGAAACACGUGAAUCUGGUCAACCUGAUGGAGGUUUUCAGGAGAAAAAGACGGCUCCACUUGGUGUUUGAGUUCUGCGAGCAGACGGUCCUCAAUGAGCUGGACAAACACCCUCGAGGGGUUCCAGAGGCUCAGCUGAAAAGUAUAGUGUGGCAGACUCUACAGGCUGUCAACUUUUGCCACAAGCACAAUUGCAUCCACCGUGAUGUGAAGCCAGAGAACAUCCUCCUCACCAAAACCGGAGUCAUCAAGCUCUGCGACUUUGGCUUCGCCCGCAUUCUGACAGGACCAGAAGAUGAGUACACAGACUAUGUGGCGACUCGCUGGUACCGGGCCCCCGAGCUGCUGGUCGGCGAUACUCAGUACGGGCCUCCUGUGGACGUGUGGGCUCUGGGCUGUGUCUUUGCUGAGCUGCUCCACGGGAAUCCACUCUGGCCUGGAAAAUCUGACGUUGACCAGCUCUACCUCAUCCGAAAAACUUUAGGUGACCUGAUCCCUCGUCACCAGCAGGUCUUCCGCUCCAACGUUUUCUUCAGUGGAGUCAGUAUUCCUGAACCCGACACAACGGAGCCCUUGGAAAAGCGCUUCCAUGGCGUGUCUCCUCAUGCCCUCAAGGUUAUGAAGUCAUGCCUGGUGAUGGACCCCUCUCUCCGGCUGUCCUGUGAAGAGCUGCUGGAGCUGCCUUACUUCCAGGAGGAAGGAGUCAACUGGGGCCGUGAGGGUGAGCGCCUGGGAAGACGUCAUGACAAAGGCUCUCGACGCAGACAGCCAGGGGCUCAGUACCUGCCUCAGUUACCAAACAGCAACAUCUCACCAGCACCGGAUGUUAAGAAACAGGUGAAGCAUAAAUAUCACCUGCCUAACAUUUAACGAAGCAACUAAUUUGUCUUCAAGUCUGUGGCUGAACUUAGAGAGAUUGACUUGUGCUAUGCUUUGUGCAAUCAUUUCAAUACAGUCCAUUUUGAAGACGCAUAUAUUCUUGGUGUGACAGUGAAAAACACUUGUCAUGUUUGUUGACAUUAUCACUUACUAUUCUUUACGCAACAAACAAAAGUUAGGGCAUUUACAGUUACCGGUUAGGCAACACACUCACAGUACUAAUACCAAAGAAUAUAGAAAGUGUCAGUGCUGAAAACAUGGGUACAUUUUCACAUCUCUAU